AUGCACAUCGGGCUCGGGCUGCUCGUCGUUCCUCUCUCCUUGCUUCUAUUCUGCGCAGCCCACGCCCGCGCAGAACCCACCGAGCACGAGCAGGCGCACGAGUAUGCGCUGCAUCACCGGAUCUACUUCCCGACGCUCGACGAGCAGCUGCCCUUCGCGCUGCGCGGCCGCUUCUCCCUCUCCUCCUCCUCCAAUGAGAUCCAGAAGACGGGCGUGAAGAUAGAGCCGCCCGAGUCGCUCGAGCACGACCUCGCGGCGUUUGCGCAGAUCGCGGCUGACCGGCCGGAGGCGGACGAGGUGUUGUACCAGCUCGCGCUCCAGCGCGACGCGGCGGAGGCGGCGAUCGACCCGGCGACGUGGAGCGUCGCGUACGUCAAGGCGUGCCAUCUGCCGCUGGCGACGGAGGAAACGGUCGUGCUGCACCUCGCGGAGGGCAAGGCGUACGCCCUUGACUACUUCGUCGGGCCGGUACCCGCAGACGGACGGUGCCCCAGGACGACGACAGAGACUAUCUCGUUCGCGCCGUUCUCGAACACGACGGUGAUCGUGAAGGAGCCUCGCACGCCCCCGCAGCCCGAGCUACGACAGCCGCCGCCGCUCAACGCGCAGGGCGAGGUCGUCAAACCUCCGCCCGAGAAGUCGUUUUUGCAGAAGUACUGGGUGUACAUCGCCGUCGCGCUCAUCGCCCUCUGUGCGUAUCUAUCGUUCUUUCGGCGUAUCCUCGUGCCAACAUUGACGCUCGUUACACGCAGUACUCGCUCCGGAAGGCGGCGACCCGGCACAGCAGGGAGGAGGGGGCGGAAAAUGAUCACUAUCGAUGGAUCGUCGCAAGGCGAUGUACGUUAUACGCUUUUGCUCAGAUAUAAUGGUGCUCUCUCGCUCCGCUCGGCUCUUACGACGAGAUAA